AUGCUCACGCCAGCACAGUCGCAGACACAGACAGACCUGACGCAGUUUGACGAUUUUCAUGUGGGACGCGACAAUGUCGUCAUCGCACAAGGCCUUGCUGUUUCACUUGCAUGA